GAGCAGAGUUUGCGGUUAGGCGUCAGGUGAAACUCGCUCCGUAAGGAAAAACAGGACAGAUAAAACUUACUUCGUGUGAACUUUCUGGAAAGUCUUUUUUUUAAUUAUUUAUGAAUUCAAACACCCAAGGGAACUUUUAAUACCGGAAAACAGCACGUUACAAGAUGAAGAGCCUCAAGUAUCGAUUGAAAAAGCACGAAGUUACCAUCACAAACACAGACUGGAACAAGUAUGAUGAUCGGCUGAUGAAGGCCGUGGAGCGGAGCGAGGUGGACAAGGUGGCUGCUGUUCUCAGCAAGAAGGGCAUCAUCCCCACCAAGCUAGACGUGGAAGGACGAUCGGCGUUUCAUUUGGCUGCAACGCGAGGACACCUAGACUGUCUCAAUCUCAUCCUGGGACAUAAUGCUGAUGUCACUGCAACUGAUGCCACAGGCAAAAAUGCUCUCCAUCUGGCCUCAAGAAAUGGACAUUCUCUGUGUGUGCAGAAACUCUUGCAGCACAACUGUCCAGUUGGAAAUGUGGACCUACAGGGAAGAACAGCCCUCCAUGAUGCUGUCAUGGCCGGCUGUUCCUCCAGCGUGAAACUUCUCUGUGACAGCGGGGCUUCUGUGAAUGCCAGUGAUUUUGAUGGCAAGACACCUCUGGUGCUGGCAACCCAGAUGUGUCAUCCACGUAUCUGUCAGCUGCUGCUGGAGCGCGGAGCUGACAUCACCACCCGGGACAAACAGAACAAGACGUCGCUGAUUCUUGGCUGCGAGUUCGGCUGUAAGGAUGCAGUGGAAGUGUUGCUGAAGAGUGGCGCUGACGUAAAGGCAGUAGACGGUUUGGGUCAUGAUGCAUUUCACUACGCUCGCCUCAGCAAGAACAUGGAGCUUGUUUCGAUGGUCAAGAGUUACCUCGACAAAGCCACAAGAGAUAAAGAGGCUGCAAAGAUUGAACAGUGGAAGCGACAGCAUUCAGUGGAGAGAUCAGAGGCAGCUGAGCUUAACAGAAGGGAUCAGAUCAUACAUGACUUGGAGAGGCAGAACGAGACACUGCAGGAGAAUCUCAGGAAGUACCACCAGGAUCAGAGAGCCCUCCUCGAUAAGGUCAACAUGCUACAGCAGCAGCUCACACAGGAAAAGAUCACUGUGGAAGACACGCAAAAAGAGAAGGAGCAGUUGAAGGUAUUACUUGGAGCCAAAGAAAGAGAGGAAGGGGCUCGAGGCCAGGAGACUGUGAAGGUCCAGCUCCGGAGUACUAUGGGGGAUUACUCUGGACAGUCUGUCAUCAAAGGUAAAGAAAACAUGUUGGUCAACAAAGCUCACAGCAUGGAUUCUGAUCAGAUGUUCCAGAAUUCUGCCAUGUCUCGUUCACUGUCGAGACCUCCAGAGAAAAGUCCAACCGCUGUCAGCUGGGAAGUCUCUGGUGAACUGGACGCACACAGACGUGAACUCGAGGCGGUCAAGAGGAGACAACAGGCAGCGGAGGAAGAGACGGUGCGGCUGCAAACCGCCCUGAACCGUAAAAACAGAGAGUGCCAAGAGCUGGUUCAGAGCCGAGACACCAUCCAGAAACAGGCGGACCAGCAGGUUCAAGAACUGGAGGACGCCUUGGGGGAUGUCCAGAAGAGGAUGCUGGACUCUGAGUGUAAAGUCAAACAGCUGCAAGCACAUGUAGUGGCUGUUAAGGAACACUUAGGAGGCCAGGCGACCGAAGAACUGCGUGCCCAGCUCCAGGAUAUCAAGGCAAAGUACGAGGGCGCUUCAGCUGAAGUGUGUCGUGUUCGUAACCGCCUCAAACAGAGCGAGAAGGCCCUGGAGGAGUACAAGACCAGCGAGAACCAGCUAGCAGCAGAGGCAGACAAGCUGAACCAGGAGCUGGGAGCUCUGACUGCAGAAAGAGAUGAACUAGCAGAAACCUUUUUAGAAAUGGAAACCCAGCUGAAGGAGGCCCAGACUAAACAUGGCAACACGGUGCCAGCAGAGAAGUUCGACAACAUGAAAAACCUGCUGACAAACGCGGUCGACGAGAAGGAACGGCAGAUCGCUGAGCUGAGGGAAGAUUACGAUCGUGUGCUGGAGGAGGUGGCAGAGCUGCAUCGAAAGCUGGACAGUCCGUCUUCCAAGGGAGGGGCGGCGUCUGCUGAGGAGCAACAGAGGAUACUGGCAGCUCUCGAAGAGCAAAACGCUUCAUUGAAAAGGAAACUGGUCGACGUGACCGGCAGAAGCCAGGCUCUCAUUAAGGAGGUGGAGGAGAGCGAGGAGGAGAGAGAUAUACUACGAGAGCAGCUGGAUGAGCUCAACAGCAGGAUCGAGAUCGACUUCAUACCCUUGAACGCACACGACGAGGCCCGCAGGAACAUGGUGACGGCUUUGGAAGAGCUGGAGGACAAACUGGUGGAAGCCAGCGAACGUUACGGCAAAGCAGAGGCACAAGUCCAGCAGCUUCAAACAGAGAGGACGACGCUAAGGGAGAACAUCAGCAGCCUUCAAAACGGCACCCAGAGACACCAGAGUGAAACAGACGCUCUGAGGUUGCAGAACGCCGACCUGAUGAAGAAACUUGAACUUUUGCAGAGAAGAUGUGAAGACCGAGAUAAAGAGUGUGUGCAGCUGACCACACAGAGCCAGACUCUGAAACAGAGCUUGGAAGGAGAGUAUGUUCCCAGACAGCAGCACGAGCAGGUGAAGAUGGAGUUAAGUUCCACCUUAGAGAGUGUCAAAGCUGAGAUGUUGAAGAAUGAGACCAAGGGAAAAGAAAGUGCAGAUGAAUUGAAGAACGUGAAAGAAGAAAAUGAUAAGUUGAAAGAAAAGUUGGAAAAAGUCUUGCUUGAGGUGAAAAAAGACUAUAUGAGUGUAAAAGAGCACAAAGCCAUCGCAGACAAGUUGAAUGCUGCUGUGGUCGAGGCAGAGAACAGAGCAAACGAAGCGUCAAGAAUGUAUGCGUCGGCACAGGAGGAAACGGAGAAGCUCACCCAAGAACUGGAGGCGCAGAAGAGAGAACUUGAUACGAUACAGGAGGCUAUUCAGUCCAAGUUUAUCCCGCUGACGGCAGCGGAGGAAAAGGAACACUCUCACAGUGCCCAGGUGAAGGAGCUGACAGUCAAACUGCUGGAAAUGGAAGAGAAGUAUCACAAAGAAAGGUCGGCCGGAGAGAGCAACAAGCAUGAGAAAGAGAAGCUAAAAGUUGAGCUUGAGUCUAUUCAGCAGAGACUAAACUCUGCUGUAGUUUCCAGUGAGAAGCACAAGAAUGUGGAGGAAGAGUUCAAGGGUAAAUUUGAGGAAUUGACUCAGAAGUUGGUCGAGUUACAGCAACAGCACGAGGAGGUGACUCUUCAGAAAGCAGAUCUUCAAGAGCAGAAUGCCAUCAGCAACGCUCAGAACCAGAAUCUGCAGGAACGUCUGAAAUCAGAGUUAACUCGGAUAUCGACUUACGACACGGAGCUGAAAGCCCUUCAUGACGCCGUGCAGCAAGCUCAGGCUGAUUGCAAGAAAGCAAGAGAGGCUCAGCAGGAGGAGGCCCAGAGGGUUAGCGCCUUGCAGAAAGAAGUUCAGGAACGCCGCGGGGAUCAGACGUCUCUGCUGCAACAACACGCCAAGGCCAAGGAAGCCCUAGAGGCCGAGGUCGCCCGGCUUCGAUUGGCUCUCCGUGAAGAGGAGGAGAACAACGCCCAGAGGGCCGAAGAUGUAUCCGCCCUGCAAUCUGAGCUCCUCCAGGCCACACAGGCUCUCGAGGAAAUUCGCUACAAGGAAGACCAAAUGAGCCAGCUGAAGAAGGAGAAGCAGCAGCUGGAGGAGGAGGCUGCCAGCCUCAGCAGCAAGCUUCUGGGCUUAGCAGAGGAGAGUGAAGAGGCCCGCCGGGAGGCAACGCAAUCGAGGGAGGGGGAGAGCAGAGCACGAACAGAGAUGGAGGCUGUCCAGGAGAAGGGACGCGCCAUCGAGAGAGAAAUUAGGGAGCUGAAGGAGAGAUAUGAUGAGUCGCUCAGCACCAUCUGUGAUCUGCAGAGGAGGAUUCAGACAUCAGCUCAGCAGACUGAAGCCAAAGACAAGAAGAUCACUGAGUUGCUGACAGAUGUUGAGCGACUGAAACAGGCACUGAAUGGUUUGUCCCAGCUGGCAUACACGAGCAACGCACCCAAUAAGAGACAGACGCAGCACAUCGACACACUCCACGCCCAGAUCAAGAGCCUACAGCAACAGCUGGCUGAUGCUGAGAGGCAACACAGGGAGGUGGUUUCAAUUUAUCGAACUCAUCUUCUCAGUGCAGCACAGGGUCACAUGGAUGAGGACGUCCAGGCCGCCUUACUACAGAUCAUCCGCAUGAGACAAGAAUUUGUGUGUUAAAAACUUCCUCAGACGAAACGAAAAGAGAUGCUGCCUGCUGACUCAAAUUCACCAUCUUCACAUCUCCCUCUGAUGACCGCUGCGGCCCCUGUGGGUGCCCGGUGUGUGUGUGUUUGUUUGUCGUUCUGCAAAAUUUAUCCAAAUGGGCGAUUUUUUUUUAUUUUUAUGACUGCACUUUUGUUCCCAAAUAUCAAUGUUGUGGACACAAGUGAAGAACUGUAGGUUUUUUUAGAGAAAACUCAAUUCACUUAAAAAUCCUAUGAUCAAGCUGACCUGUGAAAUCAUUUUGACUUAAUGAUCUAAAUCAUCUCACAGUAUGGUUGUGAGCUUCAUACAUUUCUUUUAAAUCUAUUAUGAACAAAGAUGCAACUCUGUGCAUUUUAUGCAGCUUUAACUCAUUAUAUUCAGUGAUCGAGUUAUUUGAAAUGUAGGUCCCUUUCAUAGAUUAUUCACUCUUGAAACGCUCGGCUGACAUGAACACAAAGACCACUCUUCACAUUCCCACCUGACAGUCUGCUCUCAUACAGGUUUUUUUGUGUUUAACAACAAUGUUUGCUCGAAUCAGAGGGAUGAGUUCACAUUUUUUCAAGUCUGUACAUUGAAAAAGGUUUUGCUUGCUGUAAUAAUUUGUCCUGUUCAACUGUCCUGUUCACCAGACACUAAAACAUCCUCUAAAAAAGUGUAAACCUGCCCUUAAAUGCAAUACUCACAUGACCACAUGUACAUUGAAGGAGUAAUUCGUUGCUGUACUCUGACUGGCAGUGGAAAGAUCCUUCUCAGUCUGGCUGAACCUGAUAACUUCAAAGCUUUAUUCAUAAUGUUGACAUUCACUUUCUAAAUCAACAUUUGAUACUGCACUGGUUGGUUUUUUUCCAUAUCUAUUAAUUAUGUUUAAACCCACUAUUUGUUGACAUGUGCAGAUGAAGAUUAGACUACACUAAUAUUAAUAUUAUAAUAUUUGUAGAAUUAGAUUCCAGUUGUGGCUGCUUGGGAUAUUUUCAGAUCAAAACAUUUCCAGUAACUAUAGAGUCCAUUUUUUAUUGGGACAAAAAGAUGGAUAUAAUAUACUUUUAAAGUUAACAACAUGUUUUUAUCUUGCCUUUUAAAAAACGUUUUCACUCCCUUGAUGAAAAAUCUGUUUGCUCUCAAGUUUGCUGCAGACAAAGGGAGGAACACUACUGUAUUAACGGAGCAGUCUAGUAGCAAACUGAUGAGUUAUAUUCAUAAAAGUGGAUGUUAUUUCUUUUUUUAAAAGAAGAAAAAAAAAGACGUAACUCAUGAAAAAUGUAGGAUUUUUCAAAGGAUUUGUUAUGUAUUUAUUUUUGUUUCUAUGGUGAGGACAGAAGUAAGAAAAAAUAACAUUGGGUACAGCCCUAACAUGACUAUAAUGUAAGAUAUGAAAGCUCUGUGUAAGAGAAUGUGAAACUAACCAAAGCUAACAUUAGGCUGCAGCUAUAUGAAUUGGUCAAAGCAAGUAGGUUUGUCUUUUUUAGUAUGAAAUUCCCUCUUUGUGUUUCCUUUCUGGGCUGCAGGGAUAGCACUAACAGGAAAAAAGUAAAUACUGCACUUUUGGAAGAUAAAAACGUGUACUGACUGACUAGCAUCUUUAAGUGAUUCCUUCACGUCCAGUACAGAUAGAAUUUGGGCUAAACAAUUUGGAAAAUAUAUCCAAUUGCAUAUAUUUUUGACAGAUUUUUUGCAAGAAGGAAAUUAUCUGUUUGCAGAACUGUUCUUAUUUUCCUUAUAUUUUCAAAUAAUCAUGUACCAAACAGAUCCUAGAAAAAAAAUCCCACCAUGACUCAUUUUUUAAAGUCUGCAUAAUACAGUUAGUUGGCUGCAACAUCUCUGCAGCAGCACAAUACUUAAUUCAGAAGAUAUUUUGCCUUUGACAACUAUUUUCCUGCAAUUUGGAUAUUGCACUAAUUCAUUGUGCAAAGCUUAGACACACAGAAUAAGUACAGCAUCAAUAACUCUCAAUGCAUUUGUGAGUACCUGAGUUCGCUUUAAGUCAGACUUGAAAUAAUGUGAAUCUGUCCUUUCACCUUGUUCAUGUCAGCUGUAAAACUCCUUUCUUGAGAAGUUUUGAGUGUCUUUACUCAUUUUGUUGCACAGUACAUUGUCUACUGGAGGUCCAAACCAGCUCUCGUGUUUUCAUAAUAAUCCAAAGACCUCAUCAUCCAAAUAUAAAAACACUACUCUCCAUUCUGGUAGAUGGUAGAUAGUAAAGUGACAGAUUUGAGAGUCUCGUCACUCACACAGUCUGGUUCCACAUGUCUGGACAUGGUGUGUGUUGGAUUUGAGUGGUGGAGGGAGCGGAGCUGAGAUCUCUUGCUGUGUCCUACAGGUUUGCAGUGGCACGUCGUCCUUUUGUUGAAACCAGAGUGUCCUCUAGUGGAGAGACUUGGCAGGCCAAGUUGAUAGAAAAUGUAAAAAUCAGUGUGGCUCAGGGGCAGGCAGUGGUUGUUUUUAGAAUUGUAAUAUCUGCAACACUUGGAAAUUUCAUGAAAUGGCACUGAUGGCUGAGAGGAAACAUGAAUGUAACACUAAAAUGAGUUGCUUUGCAUUACUACAAUUAAACCAAACCUCUUUAUAAAGACAGCUGAAGCCUGCUUUUAUAUAAAAACCUGAUUCCUGCAGCAGUGAACUCUCUGAGAAGGAGCGCUGCGUACCCCUGAGGCAGCUCUUGUGACUCUUGAUGGUGUCGUGUCGUGGUGUUGUGAUUGUUGAGCGAGUCUCUUAUGCCUUUACACUGAUAUAUUUUUCAUAGCUUUGUACUACUUUAAUUACUGUACUACAGUGUGACAAUUCUGAUAUUCAGCAGGUCUGGAAGUAGAACGGCACAAAACACGUUCAGGGUAACAUUUACUGUCGGACGCCAUGUGAUAAGAAUAGAGCCCAUCCCUUUAUUUAUGUGGAUAGUUAAAACCCUUUAACGAUUAGUUAUUUGAAGCACUCCUGUCUUUAGCUUUCAGCUAACACACUUUACCAAGUAAAAAUUCUCGCUCUCUGUUUUUAUAUUUCGGCCAAAACACUUUUUCCAUUUGCAUUUUGUGAUGCAGAUGUUAGGAAUUAUUAACACUAACUAUCUUCCCUCUACUGUUAACAUAGACUAUACAUUAAAUCCAGUUAAAUCUCUAAAUAAAUACUUUAUACCACUCUGUUUAAAUUGGUUGAUGUCUUUGACAAUAAUUUUUGUUGUGAAUCAAUAAUACAAAAUCAAUAAAAGUGCCUAACAUAGAAAACUA